AUGUUGACAGCACUUCUCACCGUCGGGUACGCCGUCCUCGCUGCUGCUCAUGAUGUCCACCAUGAUCAAGAGCCAUUGUCGGGGCCGCACCAGUCUCUCUGGUAUAACAACCUCCCUGGAGAUGGUGGGAAACAGGCUAGACUCCCCAUCAAGUCCGCUAUGCUGUACCGAACCAGCCUUCUGAUUCUUCAUCUAGGCCGACUCUGCUCAAAUGACAUAUCAUAUGACCUUGCCUUCAUCGGCGCCCCCUUUGACACUGGCACGUCUUAUAGACCAGGUGCCCGUUUCGGUCCCUCGGGCAUUCGUCAAGGAUCUCGACGUCUGAAUCUCUAUGGUGGAUAUAACGUCCCGCUCGAAACGAACCCCUUUAAUGGCUGGGCGACUAUUCUCGACUGUGGAGAUAUUCCGGUGACAUCAUAUGACAACUCUUGGGCUCUCAAGCAGAUAGAGGAAGGCCACUAUGACAUCCUGUCUCGACCCCCCAAGACAGACGCCAGCAAGCCCGGUCCCUCAAAGAAGGGCAAGACUCUACCGCGAGUCAUCACACUGGGAGGCGACCACACCAUCACGCUUCCGCUGCUGCGCUCCAUCAACCGCGCCUACGGGCCUGUGUCUGUCAUCCACUUUGACAGCCAUCUCGACACCUGGCGCCCCAAAGUCUUCGGUGGCUCGCCCUCCGAAGUAGCCUCCAUCAACCACGGGACCUACUUCUACCACGCCGCGCGCGAGGGCCUGCUCGCCAACGACACCAACAUCCACGCCGGCAUCCGCACGACGCUCAGCGGGCCCAGCGACUACGAGAACGACGGCUACUGCGGCUUCGAGAUCGUCGAGGCGCGCGAGAUCGACACCAUCGGCAUGGACGGCAUCAUCCGGAAGAUCGUGGACCGCGUCGGCACUGUCAACCCCGUCUACCUGUCGCUCGACAUCGAUACCCUGGACCCGGCGUUUGCGCCCGCCACUGGCACGCCCGAGACGGGCGGGUGGACUACGCGCGAGCUGAGGACUAUUUUGCGCGGGCUGGAGGAUGUCAAUCUGAUUGGGGCUGAUAUCGUUGAGGUUGCUCCCGCCUACGAUACCAAUGCCGAGCACACGACCAUGGCUGCAGCUGACGCACUCUACGAGAUUAUGAGUAUCAUGCUCAAGAAGGGGCCUCUGAGCAAGAUGGUCGCUGGUAAUGAUGAGGGUGAGCUGUGA